AUGGACUGCAAUAUCGACAGCCCAGUUGAGGUCCUCCCCAACACCAUCAAUAUCAACUACACGCUUCCUGACCGCGGCAAGGCAGAGAUGAAGUACACAGUUCAGGACAGGGAUACGUGCGGCAGCAUCCUAGAGAGCUACUCGGUGUCCAGGGCCACGCUGUGCUACCUCAACCCGGAGCUGGCGAACUGCCAGUUGCCGGCAACGGGCAUCGAGCUCUGCCUCCCGGACCAGUGCGAGUGGACAUACACAGUACAGCCCAAGGACGACAGCUGCGACGACGCGGCUGUGAUCUACGGCACCUCGUGGAAGAACAUUGUUGACUGGGACGCGGGCAUCGACUCGCGGUGCUGGAAUAUCUGGAGCACCAUCCCGUUCUGGGACCGCGUCCUCUCUGUGAGCAGCCCUGGGGGUGAGUUCGUUCCCCCGCCGUAG